AGCUGCACCUGUAGGUCCAGUGAAGGAAGAAACAACAGAACCGAUCCAACAUGGCGUCAAACGAUUAUUCCCAAACGUCUUCCCAGGGCUAUGGCUCCUAUGGUGGAGGUGGAGUUGGAGGUGGAGGUAGCGGUAGCGGUGGAGGUAGCGGUGGCGGUGCUAACCCGGGCUACGCUCAGGCCUCUGGGCAGAGCUACAGCCAGCAGGGAUACGGAGGCUACGGCUCUGACAGUAGCUCCGCCUCCUACAACCAGGGAGGAUACGCCCAGCCUCCGUCAGGAGGAUACGGUUCUCCACCCUCUAACCAGGGAGGGGGUGCUGGUUAUUCCUCUCAGUCCUACAGCUCUGGAGGCUACAGCAGCAGCCAGCUGUCCAACAUGAGCUACAACCAGCAGUCCUCCUUCUCUGGUCACAGCCAGCAGCAGCCACCCGCCGCCUCCUCCUCUGAAGGCUACGAAGGGAACUCCCAGGCCUCUGCCUACAACCAACCACCCAGUGGAGGACAGGGUGGAGGUGGCUACGGCAGCGGUGCAGGUCCGACCGGUGGAUACGGUGGAAGCCAACAACAACCCCCCCAACACGGAGGAGGUCACUACAACCAGCCUCCGAGCUACAGCUCCCCUCCUCCACAGAGCUACAGUCAGCAGAGCCAGUACGGACAAAGUGGAGGAUACGGAGGCGACAGCCCCCAGAUGAGCGAUGGAGGAUACAGUGGUCCUGACGGAGGUUACGGGGGGCAGGAGGCUCGCGGUGGCCGGGGGCGUGGCGCUGGAUUUGGAGGUCGCGGUGGUGGCGGAUAUGACCGUGGUUUUGACAGAGGUGGGCGAGGUGGACCCCGAGGAAGAGGAGGCAUCGGAAUGGGCGAUCGAGGAGGAUUCAAUAAGUUUGGUGAUGAUGUGAGGAGUAGAGACAGUAGAACCAGUCCAGAGUGGCUGAGUGCUGGUUCUGUUCUGGUGGGAAUCAAAUCCGUUUACAGUUUGUGUGAUUGGUGUUUGUUUGUGUUCUUUUCCACAAGUGACGUGUUGUUGUCUUUUUGUCCUCAAGGACCCAGAGACUCGGGACAUGGAGGACACGGCUUCAUGCAGGACGAGGAGAACUCUGACAACAACACCAUCUUCGUCCAAGGCCUCGGAGACGACUACUCCGUCGAGUCCGUCGCCGACUUCUUUAAGCAGAUUGGAAUCAUCAAGGUCAACAGGAAGACGGGUCUUCCGAUGAUCAACCUGUACACCGAGCGAGAGACAGGGAAGCUGAAAGGAGAAGCCACCGUCUCUUUUGACGACCCCCCCUCAGCUAAAGCUGCCAUCGACUGGUUUGAUGGUAAAGACUUCAGUGGAAAUCCCAUCAAAGUUUCCUUCGCCACCCGCAGAGCUGACUUCGGAGGCCGGGGGGGGAUGAGGGGGGGUCGUGGGCGAGGAGGAGGAGGAGGAGGAGGACAACAGAGAGCUGGAGACUGGAAGUGCUCGAACCCUAACUGUGGCAACCUGAACUUCUCGUGGAGAAACGAGUGUAACCAGUGCAAGGCUCCGAAGCCAGAGGACGCAGGAGGGACGCCCCCGGUGGACAGAGGCGGCUACGCAGCAGAGCGCCGAGGAGGCUUCGACCGGGGGGGCUUCAGGGGCCGGGGGGGCUUCAGGGGGGCCCGGGGAGGCGACCGGGGGGGAUACGGCCCUGGCAAAAUGGACACAAGGGGGGACCACAGACAGGAGCGACGGGGCCGUCCCUACUGAGUCAUCGCUCUAGGACCAGGACCAGUCUGUCCCUGUCCUCUGCUCACUGUGACCCUCAGUGUGGAGAUAUGUGACUGUCCCUGUUUGUUGUGCUCUUGUUCAAGUCCCUCGAUGUCUUCGCCUCGUCCACGUCCUCCGGCUCAGCGAGGCCUCUUUUACAAAAACAAACUCAUAUCCGAUCGAUGUCUCAUCUGUUUUCACGGUUCUAUGACGCUGGGAUUUAAAAACCUGUCCGGUGACUCGUGUGGUUUUCAUGAUCAGAGAAGUCAGAGAACUGUCAUCAGUGAUUCAUUCAAAUCUAAAUCUCACAGGUUCUUUGUUCUUCAGACUCUGAAGGUUUCGUCUCAGUGAACAUUUCUGAUCCAAUCAGUUCCAUUGAAGUUUGACUCAUCAAAUACAAAUGUUCCUGAUCUUUAUCUCAGUGAAGUGUUCAAGAACUUUGAUCUAGUUUCUUUAAUUUAGUUCAAACCAGGUUUUUCUUUGGUCGGAACUAAAUUCAGCAGCGGUUCAGACUCAAAUCUCAGAAUAAAAACUAAACUAAACUGAAAAGAUUCAACUUUGAUAUAUCACAGCAAAUAAUUUAUUUAGUUUUUAGUAAAUCUGAACAGUGAAUCUGCAGAUUGAGACGUUAAAGCACGAAUCCAUCAUGAUCAGUUAUUAAAGCGCCAAUAAAAAGAUGAUUUAUAGAUUUCAUCACAUGUGAAACUCUCCGCUUCUGUUUCUGUUUAUUCUUUUCUCCUUUUUAACAGUUUGUGUUCCUUUGUAUUUAUUAAUUUGUUUGUGUAUAUAUUUAUUUAUUUUUUACAUUACAACAGGUCACAUGACUUCCUGGUUUAAUUUCUGAGUCCAGAUCUCAUUGGAUAUUUCAGAUGCUUUAACUUCUGAAUAUUCUGAGUUUGUCACGGGAGAAAAUGUAAAGAUUUUUGAAAUGAGGCCUGGCUCUCCCGUCAUGUUUCACAGGUUUUUGUUGAGACUGAACUUGAGUGUUUUAAUAUGAAAGUUGUUUUGGAUCGUACAUGUGCUGGUUUUCAAAAUAAAGUGUUGAUUAAAGCAAACGAUGAAUCUGA